AUGACGGAAACCGUAUUGCCAACUCCCAGUAAGCGCAAACGGGAUGACAUGCUCAACGACGGCAUGUCACGGCUGCACAUCACCCCAUACCCAUACACAUUCUCUCUCAGUGUCCCGACGGCCUCCACAGAUAGAGGAGACAAUGGGCACAGAGCUCACGCUGGAACAUGCCUGAGUCCCCGCACGCAAGUUGCGCACGAGUUUCGGGGUAUGGCCGUGGGCGGAGGUGGAGAUGACAACGCCUGCAGCAGCUCCAGCCAGCAGACAAGUGGAGUUGUCGGUGCCACUGGCAGUGGAGGAGGAGGAGGCGGAGGCGUUGGCUGCUGUGGCGGCACGGCGGGUGAGGACCCAAUCGGCAUCGACACCGAGGAGGGCGGGCAUCGGAAACGCAUCAGACUCCCGCCUCCAGAGAUUGACAUGCGUGAUGCCGACGCCGAAGUCAAGUAUUCGCUUGUGACCGACACGCCGGCCAUUGCUAUCACCAAUAGGGCAUCGAUUGAGACUGCAGAACAAAACGCAUCAAGCACAGCAUACCUCCCGCAAACCCCUCGUCCGAUCCACAUCGCCCUAGACGACGCUGUGGUCCGCCAAUCCGAGCCAACUCCCACAACCCUUACCCUCCCCCCCUCCUCCCCUUUACUUCCCGCCGACCACACGCCCAUGACCCUCGCCAAACACCGCAAGCGUCCUGCACCCUAUACGGCCAAACUGCUCGCCACACACCCGCGCAACCCAUUCAAUCUGGCAGCCAAUACCCCAGCGCCUGCGGCCAAGCGCCCGGCAGGCACUGCUGCUUCUGUCGCCGCCAGAAGAAAAAUCACCGACCCCCUGCGGGCCUCCCUCACCUGGCGCGACGACGAGAUCACCAUCUACGAUCCGAACGACAGUGAUGAUGACGGCACGGGAAUCAACGGGAUUGGAUUCAAGCCUACUCCCGCGAUGGCACAGGCGAGGUUGAUGAGGAGACGGCAGCAGCUUGCGGAGUACAGGAAACGCGUUGAGAGUGAGGCGAGGAGGGAGAGGUUGAUGAGGAGAGGGGGGAUCGUGAAGGAUGCCGCGCCGCCGCCGCCGCCGCCGCCGCCGGCGAAGAAGGAGAAGGCUGUUAGGAGGGUUAGGUUUGUGGAGGCUGCUGUUGUUGGGGUUUAA